GGAAACAAGAGUAACUUAACAAAUGCAGAAAAUUUGAAUGAUCAAUUUGUCUAGAUCUAAUCUUUUCUUUUCAAGUUGUUUUGUGCGAUUGUUUCGUUGUUUUUGUGUCAAAGUAACUCCGUCUAGUUAGAAAUGAAUUUUGCAAAUAUCAAUAUAUUCUAACUUCUUGAGUUCUUGUGUUAACUGAAAUUUAAAAGCUUCAAGACCUGAGUUUUCAUGAAAAAUACAGUCUAAUGUCGUUUGCGGAAUACCAAAUUUUCCUUGUAGUGAAUUUCAACAUUUUCAAUGCGUUGUUGAAGUGUGUAUCGUUCCAUUUUUAGUACGCCUCAAUUCAUUAUCAAACUUUGGAAGUCCACAUUAAGAAAUAAAAGGCACAUGACAGAAUAAUUAGAAUGCCAAUGUAGUAGUUGAUUAGCUUUAAAAAUAAUGGAAUAUACAAUAAUUGAAUGGAUGUUUUGGCCUUCAUCAUUUAGAUUAAUGGGUAUUAUAGGUAAUACUUAUAUUAUUUAAUUUUCUAAUGCAAUCGAUUCAGUUGAUUAUUCACAUGAGCUGUUGUGUUUACAAUGUCUAGACAUAAGAAACAACCGCUAAGUUACGAAUACGUCUUGAAAUAUAUUUUAUGGAUCAAGAAAAUAGCAAUUUUCGACUUUACCUUAGCCAAGUCGUAUAAGACACUAUGGUAUUUUAUAAUGUUAUCGAAAUUAUUCCUUACGUCCAUCCAAUUCUACCUAUUCAGUUUAAUAAUACCUGCAAUGGAGAAUGUGCAUUCGAGGACGAUGGAGAAGUACAUUUCUUAUGCCAUACAUGUCCUCAAUCUUUUUGUUUGUUGCGUUUUUAUAUUCUGCAGUUCGAGCUCCUACAUGAAAAGUGGGAAUGCAAUAUUGAGCAGGUAUAAUCUGAGAGGAAAAGAUACAAUUUUUCUAAUAAUGAGAAGAUGCAUCAUCAUUGAAUAUUUAAUAGAAGAGUUCAUACUGUACUGGAAAAUAGCCGAAGUUAUCCUUGAUUUUGAAAUGAACGUAGCGAUGACAGCUCAAACGAUUUUCUUCAUGUAUGCGGAUAUUUUAUAUAAUCUCACUGCAACGGAGUUCAGUUGUUCUUUGAUAACACUGGCCAUUUUUGCACGAAAAUUUCACGAGAAUUUUCGAAAUAAACGUGAACUUGAUAACAACAGCUCCUAUUAUAUAGAGUCUUGUAAGGAAAUUUGUUCAUCUGGCAAGAAGAUAUUCGAGACCUUUUCGAAUGUGAUUAUUUUAUUAUUAUUUCUUUAUUUUCUGGUGGUGAUAUAUAUCAUUCUAUCUGUAAAAAUAGCGUUGGUCGAGGAAACCAAAGAUGGCGAUGUCAAGUAUUAUUGGGCUGUCUUAUCGAUCUUGAGAAUUUGUAAAAUAAUUCUGGGAUGCAGCAUGUUUUCAUUAGCGGUAAGUGAGAAGUAGAAGGAAAAUUAAACAAUUAGGUAGGCAAUUUAAAGGAAAUUAUAUACAGUAUAGGUAAGCUCAGGGUUUUCCAGCAUCCAUCCUCCUUUUAUCUGAGCUGUUAUCAUAUUUUGACAUUUGACACCAUUUCCUAAAAUGGAACGAUACACGCUGCAACAACGUAACAACAAUAAAAAAUUUUGUGAAUAUUUUUUAAGUGUCUGACAAAUGUUUCAAUAGAAUGUCAUUUGAAUUACAUUACAUUAUCUACACUUCAAUUCCUAAAUAUUCAAACAAUGAAUGUGAUUAUACUAGAGUCAUAAGUAAAAUACUGAUAUUUGUUUAAACUCCAACAUUUACACCCUGUAUUUCGAAAAUGAUGCUUGUUAGGAUACCUAUAUGUUUAUAUGAACUUUCUUCAUGAAAAAAGUAAAAUCUGGACUAACCUGUAUAUUGGUGUAGAAUGGUCAAUGGAACUAAUUUAAUUGACGUAACAUUCUAAAAUUUUCAUAUAUUGCUUUAAUUACUUAGAGGAGUAGGUAGCCACAAUAUUGUCAUUUCAUAUACUAGAGGCAAUCUAUCUAGUUGAUUGUUCAUUACGUUAGAAUGUCGUCCCAUAAUGAAGAAAUACUAAGUUACGAAUACGUCUUGAAAUACAUUUUAUGGAUCAAGAAAAUAGCAAUUUUUGACUUUACCUUAGCGAAAUCGUAUAAAAUUUCAUGGUUCUUUAUACUCUUAUGGAAAUUGUUUCUCACAUUUCUUCAAUUCUACUUGUAUAUAAUAGUGCUACCUAAAUUGGAUUCUUUACAUCUGAGAGUGAUGGAACGAUAUUGUCAUUAUGCAAUCAAUCUCCUGAAUCUUGUUGUUUGUAGCGUUUUGAUCUUUUUCGAUUCAGGCAUCAACAGUGGCAACACAAUCUUAAGCAGGUUUGAUUUGAGAGCAGAUAAGAUUUUUCUAAAAAUGAGAAGGUGUAUCUUGAUCGAAUAUUUAUUAGAGGAAAUCAUAAUGUUAUGGAAGAUUAUCAUUGUCUUCUUCUUCUUCGCUCUCAAAUUCGACUUAUCGAUGACACUACAGACCAUUUUGUUUAUGUACUCUGACAUUAUAUUCAAUCUUACUAUAACAGAGUUCAGUGGUUCCUUGAUAACUCUAGCUGUUUAUGCUUGCAAGUUCCAUGAAAAUUUUCGAAAUUCGAGUCAUUUCGAUGACAGCAUAUCGUAUUAUAUAGAUUCUUGUAAGGAUAUUUGCUCAUCUGGAAGGAAGAUCUUCGAGAACUUUUCGAAUGUCAUUAUUAUCGUUAUCUUCCAUUAUUUUAUGAUUCUGACAUAUAUAAGUCUAAAUGUAAAGGUAACAAUAUUAAAAGGAACAAAUAGAGAUGGUGAUUUGAAGUAUUAUUGGGCUUUCUUAUCAAGCCUAAGAGUCUGUAAAAUAAUCCUAGGAUGCAGUCUUCAUUCGUUUGCGAUAAACCAAAUGAUGGAUUUCCUGAAAUCCUCUAUUACCAAGAUGUCUGAUAAAGAUAGAAAGCAGGUCAAAUUUUUUUUGCUGGAGCGACUUCAUGAACCAUCGAUUUUGGAAAUAAAGAAGUGUUUGCAGUUUGAUGGUGGCUUAUUAUAUAGUGCUAUUGGUGCUAUCACAACUUAUGCAGUCAUACUUUUUCAACUGGACGAACUUCAAACUUCUUGAUUCUGUCAGGAUUUUAUGUAAAAAAUGUUCUGAAAUGAAUAUAUAAAAUCAGUGAUU